AGUAAAUGACAAGUAUGUCACAGUGAACCGAGCUGGUCACCUUCCUGAUAAUAGGAGAGUUAUUUUCUACUAAAAGUGACAGUGUAAAACUGAGACAACAAAGUUCUGCUAUUACAUUGUGACACUUCAAACAGAAUGAUUUAGAGCUAAUACUCAGUUGUGGUAGAUCCAGCAACUCUAUGGUUUUCUCUUGCUGUAGGUAUUCCAGCCCCUACAUUAGUGUGGUACAAGAAUGCUCAGAAGAUAAACAUGAUGCAGAACCCUCGGUAUAAGACACUUGCUAGUGGGAACUUGCAGCUCCAGAAUCUCCAUCCAGAAGACGCAGCAAUAUUUCAGUGUUUUGCUAAAAAUGAAGCUGGAGAAAUUCAGACUCAGACAUACCUGGACAUGUCCAAUCUUGCACCGAAUUUUACUCGUCCUCCGAGGGACACAGCAGUGACUGACGGACUGUCAGCCACAUUUGUCUGUGACGUUAUAGGGGCCCCCAAACCAGCCAUUGUCUGGAAAAAAGGAGAACAGAUCCUGGCAAGCGGCACGUUGCAGGUUUCCAGGUUUCACCUUUUUGACAAUGGCGAACUGCGGAUAUCUCCUGUGUCCUCUCAAGAUGCCGGAAAGUACACUUGUUUUUCUGAAAACUCAGUAGGAAGUGUGAACGGAUCUGCAUCUCUUACUGUGUGGUGUAAGAAAACUACUGCUGUGUAACUACUGACCAACAUGCAUGUACAUACACAAACAUCACACAC